AGCUGAGCAAGUAGUUGGAAGUCUCAUUUUGUUUUCUGUAAUAUAUUAACCUAAUUAAUUUCACUUUCUCCAAAUGCCCAGUAUAGAAUCCAUUUGGUCUCAUUCCACCUCACUACUGCUGUCUGUAAGAGGAGAUAAGGAGAAGCAUCCCUUCACUGUAAUAUACCCCAAAACUGUCCUGGAACUACAGGGUACUACCAGCAUGUUUUACAGUGGAAUACACAUAUCUAUGGCCAUUUCCCUGCUGAUUUUGCCAGGUGUCAUUGGUGGUCCAUGGGAUGUCUCCUAUGCUUUGAGCUUCUGUGCUUUAAAUGGAUCGUCAGUGACCAUUCCCUGCACUUACAAAUAUCCCCCAAAACAAACUGUGGAACAAGUAUGCUGGUACAAAAAAGAAAAUACAGACCUGAGUCAAAGCGAGCAUUUUAAAAACAGAAUUCAGUAUCUUGGGGAUACAAAGAAUAACUGCACACUGAGAAUUAAUGGUCUGACAGAGAGUGACGCCAAAGAAAAAUAUAAGUUCUGGUUUAAAACAAAUCAAGACAGAUACGCUGGGAUAGCUGUUACUCUGAAAAUCACAGCUCUGCAGGUGAAGAUACGUCCUACAACGGUGACAGAGGGACAGAGUGUGACACUGACCUGCACCACCCGCACCUGCAGUCUAAGCAGCCCCACCUACAUCUGGUACAAGAACAGCCUGCCUCUGUCAACCAAGCUCACACCGGGCAACAACACCCUCUUCUUCAGCGCAGUCCACAUCGCAGAUGCAGGCAGAUACGUCUGUGCUGUAGAAGGUCACGAGGAUCAUCUAUCCCAUGCAGUGACGCUCAGUGUUAGGUAUGCACCAAGGAAUACCUCAAUAUCAGUCACUCCCCCUGGUGGUGAUAUACUAGAGGGCAGUUCAGUGACUCUGACCUGUGGCUGUGAUGCCAACCCACCAGUGCACAACUUCACCUGGUGGACGUCAAAUAUGCUCCAAGGAACAUUACAGCAUUGCUCAGUCCCUCGGGGGCUAUAAUGGAAGGCGCUUCAGUGACUCUGACCUGCAACAGCGAUGCCAACCCACCUGUGCACAACUACACGUGGUACAAGAAGUAUAGCAGGACUGAAUCCAGCCUGAUUGGAUCAGGGCAGAAGUACAGCAUCUCUCACGCCAGGCCUGUACACAGAGGCCGGUAUUAUUGUAAGGCAGAGAACAAAGUAGGAGCCACUGCAUCUACAACUCUUCCUGUACACGUGCACAGUGAAUACUCCUACAUUCAGUUGUGCAUUCGGUCUGGCAUUAAUGUUUAUAUCAAUUUAGUUCUGUUGGCAUUAAUGUUUAUAUCAAUUUAGUUAUGUUGGCAUUAAUGUUUAUAUCAAUUUAGUUCUGUUGGCAUUAAUGUUUAUAUCAAUUUAGUUCUGUUGGCAUUAACGUUUAUAUCAAUUUAGUUCUGUUGGCAUUAACGUUUAUAUCAAUGUAGUUCUGUUGGCAUUAACGUUUAUAUCAAUUUAGUUCUGUUGGCAUUAAUGUUUAUAUCAAUUUAGUUCUGUUGGCAUUAACGUUUAUAUCAAUGUAGUUCUGUUG